UUACAAGACAAUUGUUAAGCCACCUCAGUGUGCACUGUUAACCAUUGGUUCAUCUUCCCCUUUGAUAAAUAGUUUUGAGCAGAUCUCUGCCACCCUUUGCAUUGACAAUUUUGCCAUUUCUGAAGAACAUGCGGCUCGAUUUCUAGAAACAUUUGGUAGCUUCGUUGAAGAUCCGUGGCUCUUGCUUUAG